AUGAAUAUAGUUGAUGUUCUUUAUUCACUUGUGGAUGUUAAUCAAAGAUUUGACCGAUUAGUACUUGAUCCUCUUAUUAUUCGUAAUCUUAAUAUGACUAUCAGAACUUUUGAAUCAUUGUAUGAUCAGACCUUUUCAAUAGAUGAUAAAACUCUUUCAAGAAUAUGUGAUAAAAUCUUAUGUCGAAUUUAUGAUCAAAUAAAUACUCUUACUGUUGAACAAUAUUCAGUAGAACGUAUUCUUCAUGUUGCUAAUUAUACUAAACUGUAUUCAUUAUCACUUAUUAAUUUUGAAGGAGAAAUACUUAAUCAAUAUUUAACAGAUGAUUCUAUUCUUCGUGAUUUGCUUAGUAAACAAAUAACACAUCUUAAUAUUGAUAUAAAGAAUGCAAAUAGAGAAUCGUUUAAAAUUACAUCAAAGAUUUUUGUGUUAAUUUUAUCUUUAUGUAAAAACUUAAUUGAUUUAAAUUUUUGUGAUUUAUUUUUUGAACGAAAACAUUGGAAUCGUAUUUCUCGUUUAACAGAAACAAGUUUAAUGUCUUCAACUUUAACUAAAUUAAAAAUUAAUCUUGUAAGUUUUACUGAAUGUUUGUUUCUUCUUAAUGGAAAUUUCGAAUGUUUAACAACAUUAAUUCUUCAUGUGGAAACAAUUUAUCAUCCGAUACGACACAUAGAUAAAACAAAAAAACUUCCCAAAUUAAAAUAUUUCUCAUUCAUUUCACCUGAAUACACAAGUCAACAUGAUAUUCUAAUUUUUCCAUUUAUUCGUCGAAUGAUAAAUCUUGAAGAAUUAAAAUUAUAUUUAUUAAUAGAAGUAAUUGAUUUAAAUUAUAUUGAUGGUAUUCAAUUAUAUGAUGAAGUUCUUUGUCAUAUGAAAAAAUUAAAUAACUUUACAUUUAAUAUUCAAACACGUGUCUUUAGAUGUAAUACUAAAAUUAAUCUUUCAUCAAAUGAAGAUAUUCAACGUAGUUUUAUUGAAAGAGAAAUAUAUCAACAAAAUGCUUCAUAUAUCCAUAAUUUAAGUAGGAUGGAAUCAAAAUGUCAUAUUUAUUCACUUCCAUAUCAAUUCGAAUAUUUACUUGAAAUCAAUAAUUCUUUUCCAGGAGGCAUAUUUCAUACGGUUCGAUAUUUGGUAGUUAUUGAUCAAUAUCCUUUUGAACAUAAAUUCUUUCAAUUUAUCUCUCAUAGUUUACCUUUUCUUGAAAUCUUACAUAUACGAAAUGAUAAACCACAAAAAGACAAACAAUAUUCAUCUACUGAAUUAAUUACUUUUCAUCAUCUUAAACUUCUUAAUCUGAAAUUGGCACAUGUAAAUUAUGCUGAACAAUUUCUCUUGAAGAAAGUAAUUUAUCUACCUCAUUUAUUUAAUCUUUACAUCAAAUAUGAAUCACUUAUAAUGAUAACAAACAAUUUUACCAUUGAUACAACAUAUUUUAACUUUAGUAGAGUAAAAGAUCUUGAUCUCGAUCAAUCAUUUCUUUCUUCAGCAAAUUUUCAUCAAUAUUUUCCUUUGUUAUAA